GGGAGUUUGCUGAGAGAAGUGAGAGGAAACUAGGGAGCAGGACGCCGAUGAACAAGCAGGAAAGUAUCACAAACCCCAGCGAUUUUCGGAUACAUUUGUCUCAGCUGUGUCAUUCUUCCUAAGGACAAAAUUAGAAGAUUUGGCAUUGGGUCUUCUCAACAAACGGCGCCUGAGGGAAAAGAGUCAAAAUGUCAGACGCAGAGAAGUUCCUCUAUGCCGACCGCAACACUAUCAACGACCCUUUGGCGCAGGCAGACUGGUCCUCUAAGAAGCUGGUAUGGGUUCCCUCAGAGAAGCUCGGCUUUGAGGCCGGCUCCGUCAAAGAGGAGACUGGAGAUGAGUGUCUUGUGGAGCUGGCUGACUCAGGCAAGAAGAUCAAGGUGAGCAAGGAUGACAUCCAGAAGAUGAACCCACCCAAGUUCAGCAAGGUGGAGGAUAUGGCGGAGCUCACCUGCCUGAAUGAAGCUUCUGUUCUGCACAACCUGAGGGAGAGAUACUACUCGGGGCUCAUCUAUACAUACUCUGGGCUCUUCUGUGUGGUAAUAAACCCAUAUAAGCAUCUGCCCAUCUACACGGAGGAGAUCGUAGAGAUGUACAAAGGCAAGAAGAGGCAUGAGAUGCCCCCUCAUAUCUACGCCAUCACAGAUACGGCCUACAGGAGUAUGAUGCAGGAUCGUGAGGAUCAGUCCAUAUUGUGCACGGGUGAAUCUGGUGCUGGAAAAACUGAAAACACCAAAAAAGUCAUUCAGUACCUUGCUCAUGUAGCAUCAUCCUUCAAAACAAAGAAAGAUCAAAGCAGUGUCACCCUGUCACAUGGUGAGUUGGAAAAACAGUUGCUUCAGGCCAACCCAAUUCUUGAGGCCUUUGGCAAUGCCAAGACAGUGAAGAACGAUAAUUCUUCUCGAUUUGGAAAGUUUAUCAGGAUCAACUUUGAUGUCAAUGGUUACAUCGUUGGAGCCAAUAUUGAGACCUAUCUUUUAGAGAAGUCUCGUGCGAUCAGGCAGGCCAAAGAUGAGCGGGCCUUCCAUAUUUUCUAUUACUUGCUAUCAGGAGCAGGAGACAAAUUGCGUGCUGAGCUGUGCCUAGAGGACUACAAUAAGUACCGUUUCCUGUUGAAUGGAAAUGUAACUAUCACUGGACAACAGGAUAAAGAACUGUUUGCUGAAACCAUAGAUGCCUUCAGGAUUAUGGGCAUUCCUGAGGAGGAGCAGACAGGUCUUUUGAAGGUGGUGUCUGCUGUGCUGCAGCUUGGAAACAUGAGUUUUAAGAAGGAACGCAACUCUGACCAAGCCUCCAUGCCAGAUGACACAGCUGCCCAAAAGGUGUCCCAUCUUUUGGGCAUGAAUGUGACCGAUUUCACACGUGCCAUUCUCACACCACGCAUCAAAGUGGGCCGUGAUUGCGUUCAGAAGGCACAGAGUCAGGAACAGGCUGAGUUUGCGGUGGAAGCCCUGGCCAAAGCCACGUAUGAGAGGCUGUUUCGCUGGUUGGUUUUGCGCAUCAACAAAGCUUUAGACAAGACAAAGCGUCAGGGUGCUUCUUUUAUCGGAAUCCUGGACAUCGCUGGAUUUGAGAUCUUCGAGCUGAACUCAUUUGAGCAGCUCUGCAUCAACUACACCAACGAGAAGCUUCAGCAGCUGUUCAACCACACCAUGUUCGUCCUGGAGCAGGAGGAGUACCAGCGUGAAGGCAUUGAAUGGAGCUUCAUCGACUUUGGCCUUGACCUGCAGCCCUGCAUUGAACUCAUUGAGAAGCCUACUGGUCCUCCAGGAAUCCUGGCUCUGUUGGAUGAGGAGUGCUGGUUUCCCAAAGCCACAGACAAAUCCUUUGUGGAGAAAGUAGUCCAGGAAUUGGGCAACAACCCAAAAUUUCAAAAGCCCAAGAAGCUCAAAGAUGAUGCUGACUUCUGUAUCAUUCACUAUGCUGGCAAAGUUGAUUACAAGGCUACUGAAUGGCUAAUGAAAAACAUGGACCCUCUGAAUGACAAUGUGGCAACUCUGCUUAACCAGUCAUUGGACAAGUUUGUCUCUGAGCUCUGGAAAGAUGUGGACCGAAUUGUGGGAUUAGACAAAGUGGCUGGAAUGGCUGAAUCAUUGCAUGGAGCCGUCAAGACUCGUAAGGGAAUGUUCCGUACAGUAGGACAACUGUACAAAGAGCAGCUAACAAAUCUGAUGACCACCCUCAGAAAUACCAACCCUAACUUUGUCCGAUGCAUAAUCCCCAACCAUGAGAAGAAGGCUGGUAAAUUGGCACACAACCUGGUUCUAGAACAACUAAGAUGUAAUGGAGUUCUAGAAGGAAUUCGGAUCUGUAGACAAGGGUUCCCCAACCGCAUUGUCUUCCAAGAGUUCAGACAAAGAUAUGAGAUUCUCACGCCAAAUGCCAUCCCCAAGGGCUUUAUGGAUGGGAAGCAGGCCUGUGUCCUCAUGAUCAAGGCCCUGGAGCUGGAUUCGAACUUGUACCGUAUAGGUCAAAGUAAAGUGUUCUUCAGGGCUGGCGUUCUUGCCCACCUGGAAGAGGAGAGAGAUAUGAAGAUCACUGAUGUCAUUAUCACCUUCCAGGCCUGGUGUAGAGGCUAUGUUGCUAGGAGAGCCUUUGCUAAGAGGCAGCAGCAACUGAAUGCCAUGAGGGUGAUCCAGAGGAACUGUGCAGCCUAUUUGAAACUCAGAAAUUGGCAUUGGUGGCGACUCUUUACCAAGGUAAAGCCUUUACUGCAGGUGACCAGACAAGAAGAGGAAAUGGUCGCUAAGGAGGAAGAGUUGGUCAAGAUGAAGGAGAGACAGCAGGAGGCUGAAGACCUGCUGAAGGAGUUUGAGACCAAACAACAACAGAUAAAUGCAGAGAAGAUGGCUCUUCAGGAGCAGUUGCAGGCGGAGACCGAACUGUGUCAAGAGGCUGAAGAGAUGAGGGCGCGUCUUGCUGCACGCCUGAAUGAGCAGGAGUAUGUCAUGCAUGACCUGGAGUCCCGCUUGGAAGAAGAGGAGGAGAAAGUCACACAGUUUCAAAUGGAGAAGAAAAAGAUGCAACAAAACAUUUCGGAUCUGGAGCAGCAACUGGAUGAAGAGGAGGCUGCCAGACAGAAGCUGCAAUUGGAGAAAGUCACCAUGGAUUCCAAGAUGAAGAAGAUUGAGGAGGACAUUAUGGUUCUUGAUGACCAAAACGCCAAACUUUCCAAGGAGAAAAAGCAGCUGGAGGAGAGAGUCUCUGAGUUCACCACUAACCUGGCUGAAGAGGAAGAGAAAUCCAAGAGUUUGCAGAAACUCAAGAACAAACAUGAGGCAAUGAUUACUGACCUGGAGGAUCGUUUAAGGAAGGAAGAGAAGACGAGGCAAGAGUUGGAGAAGAACAGGCGAAAGUUGGAGGGCGACUCUACAGAGCUGCAUGAUCAGAUCGCAGAGCUUCAGGCUCAGAUUGCAGAGCUCCGUGCCCAACUGGCCAAGAAAGAGGAAGAGCUCCAGGCUGCACUCGCGAGGAUUGAAGAGGAAGCUGCUCUGAAGAAUGCUGCCCAGAAAAACAUUCGUGAGCUUGAGGCCCAGCUCUCAGAGUUGCAGGAAGAUCUGGAGCUGGAGAAAGCUGCCCGUGCUAAAGCCGAGAAACACCGCAGGGACCUGGGAGAGGAGCUAGAAGCUCUGAAGACAGAACUUGAGGACACGCUGGACUCUACUGCUGCUCAGCAAGAACUCAGGACAAAGAGAGAGACUGAAGUGACUCUGCUGAAGAAGACUCUGGAAGAUGAGGCUCGUUCACAUGAACAGAUGCUAGGUGAAGUGCGACAGAAACACAACCAGGCCUUUGAGGAACUCAAUGAACAGCUUGAACAGUCCAAGAGGAAUAAAGCAUCUGUGGAAAAAGCAAAACAGGCUCUGGAGAGUGAACGCAGUGAGCUUCAGAUUGAACUUCAGUCAUUGUCCCAAGGUAAAAAUGAGUCUGAGCACCGCAGGAAGAAAGCUGAAUCACAGCUCCAGGAGCUGCAAGUCAAACACGUAGAGAGUGAGAGACAGAAACAGGAACUGGCUGAUAAAGUGGCUAAAAUGCAGGUGGAGCUUGAUGCUCUUCAUGGAACCCUAAGCAAGGUGGAGAGCAAAUCCAUCAAAGCUGCCAAAGAUUGUUCUACUGUUGAAUCUCAACUUAAAGACGUGCAGGCGUUGCUGGAGGAGGAGACCAGGCAGAAGCUUGCGCUCUCUACUCGUCUUCGGCAAAUGGAGGAUGAACAGAACAACCUGAAAGAGAUGCUGGAGGAGGAAGAGGAGAGCAAGAAAAAUGUUGAGAAGCAGCUAUACACUGCUCAAGCUCAGUUGGCAGAGAUGAAGAAAAAGGUUGAGCAAGAGGCCCAAAGCCUGGAGAGCUUAGAGGAUGGGAAAAAGAAAUUGCAGAGAGAGGCGGAAGGCAUCAUGCAGCAGUUGGAGGAGAGGAAUGCUGGCUACGAUAAACUGGAGAAGACCAAGACCCGUCUACAGCGGGAGCUAGAUGAUGUCCUGGUAGACCAAGAUCAUCUGCGUCAGACCGUUCAGGAGCUGGAACGCAAGCAGAAAAAGUUUGACCAGAUGCUGGCUGAGGAGAAGAGUGUCUCUCUGAAGUACGCUGAGGAAAGGGAUCGUGCCGAGGCAGAGGCCCGUGAGAAAGAGACCAGAACUCUGACUCUGACCCGAGAGCUAGAGGCCAUUACUGAUUUGAAGGAUGAACUGGAGCGGGUCAACAAGCAGCUCAGAACUGAGAUGGAGGACCUGAUGUCAUCCAAGGAUGACGCUGGCAAGAGUGUGCAUGAGCUUGAGCGGGCCAAGCGAGGAAUGGAACAGCAGUUGGAGGAAAUGAAGACUCAGCUAGAGGAAUUGGAGGAUGAACUGCAGCUCACGGAAGAUGCCAAACUGCGCCUGGAGGUCAACAUGCAGGCCAUGAAGGCUCAGUUUGACCGAGACCUGCAGGGCAGAGAUGAGCAGGGUGAGGAGAAACGGAAGCAGCUAGUCAAACAGGUGCGUGAGAUGGAGAUGGAGCUUGAGGAUGAGCGGAAACAGCGGGUUCAGGCCGUAUCUGUGCGCAAGAAGCUUGAGCUGGAUCUGGCGGAGUUGGCUGCUCAGAUCGACUCCUCCAACAAGGCUCGAGAUGAGGCCCUCAAACAGCUCAAGAAACUACAGGCCCAGAUGAAAGAACAGCUGAGAGAGUUUGAGGAACUGCGUCUAUCCAGAGACGAAGUUCUUAACCAGGCCAAAGAAAACGAGCGCAAGAUCAAGAGCAUGGAGGCUGAGGUUAUUCAGCUACAUGAGGAUCUGGCUGCUGCUGACAGAGCAAAGAGACAAAUCCAGCAAGAACGAGAUGAGCUACAGGAUGAGAUCAAUAGCCAGAAUUCCAAGAACUCACUGAGCAGCGACGAGAGGAGGAGAAUUGAGGCACGUAUUGCUCAGCUUGAGGAGGAACUUGAGGAAGAACAUCUCAACGUUGAGCUGGUCAAUGAUCGACUGAAGAAAGCAACACUGCAGGCUGAACAGGUUACAGUGGAGUUGUCUGCAGAGCGUGGUAAUAGCCAGCGUCUGGAGGGUUUGCGCUCUCAGCUGGACCGCCAGAACAAGGACCUAAAGCAGAAGCUUCAGGAGUUGGAAGUAGCUGUAAAGAGCAAGUACAAGUCCACCAUUGCUGCACUGGAGGCCAAGAUCCCACAGCUCGAAGAGCAGUUGGAUAUUGAGAUGAAGGAGAGGCAGCAGUCCACUAAACAGGUGCGACGUGUGGAGAAGAAACUCAAAGAGGUGUUACUGCAGGUUGAGGACGAGAGACGCAAUGCUGAUCAAUUCAAAAAUGAGUCUGAGAAGCUGAACACUCGUAUGAAGCAGUUGAAGAGGCAGCUAGAGGAGACCGAGGAGGAAGCGGCUCGAGCUAAUGCCUCCCGCAGGAAGAUGCAGAGAGAGCUGGAAGAUGCCACGGAGUCCGCUAAUGCUAUGAACCGAGAGGUCAGCACCCUAAAGAACAAACUCAGGCGUGGAGAUUUCACUGUCAAUGUACGCCGUGCAGUUGGACGCGCUGGUGUGGAAAGUGAUGAGGAGAACGAUUUGAAAAGCGAGGGAUCAGAGCCAACUCCUGAGUAAAGUUCAGUGUAUGAAAGCUGAGCCCAUAACAGAUUAGCUAUUUUCCUCCAAGCUUGUCUUGUCUGUCUAAAUGAUUUUUGUAUUCUCUGAAGGCAACUGUA